AUGCAGCCUCUCCGAUCGCCUGGUCCCCGCCCCCCACAUGGUCAUCAGUCACAAAAAUUGGUGGACGAACUUGCGGGGAGGGUAGAUGCUCUUGAGAAAUCAUCUCUCAAACCAUCUCGCCUAUCGCGCGGCGACUCUGCUGAUCAGCUUGGUUUAACACCUGUCACCGAGGACCCACGAUCGGACGCCGAGCGACAGGAGGAUCAAGUACGCAGUUCGCAUACUCUCAAGGAACUUCGAAGACAGAUGGAAGAUCUCCUGGUAUAUCAACAGAUGCAGCAAACACAACCAAUCUCAUCCCAGGAUCCUUCCUCAAACCUCUCGAAUGAUCCGCCAAGAAAGAGACGUUUGUCAAAUGCGUUGUCCAAUACUUUAACGGAAUCUCCAAUCGCGAUUGUACAACCUUCCGCCGACUCAGGAGGUUCAACAGGGACCAUCAAAGGUUUCCAGACAGAGACACCAUCCGAUCGAAAACCGGAACGAACGCCGUCCUAUCCCUUCCCACACAUGCAGAGUCCACACAUCCAGAAAAAAUCAGUCAAAAUGGCGAUUGAACCCACAGCGCGUGGGCCAUUUAGACUGAUGCUUCCAUCCGAGAAAUCUCAAUCUUCGAUACCAGGGCCCCAAGCUCUACCUACAGAACCAAACGCCGUGGAAUCACGCCCGACAUUUCUACCCGCACAUCAUAGCCAGAUCCAGGAGGAUCCAAAUUUUGUCAGUCCGGAUCUUUAUGAUCUGACACUUCAGCUGAAUGCGGAUUCGGGACUCGAAGCAUGGUGGUCCAACCUCAUUGAUAUACUGCAAACGCAUUACGGGGCUGAGCGUGUGUCACUCGCUGUCCCUGGAGAUGUGACUGAUUUAGAGAAUGUGCCUUGGGGCCAAAAGGCAAUCUUUAACCAGCACGUGGAUGUGCCGUUGCAUGAACUUCAAGCACGCCAUAUGGAGAAGGCAUCAUCACCAGAAGCAUCUCGCGUACGGAAAAGCGUCACGCAACAGAAAACCGAGACAGUGUUCCAUCAGGCUAAAAUGCCUGGAUCUUCCCGCCCAUCUUUGUUAUCCCGCCACUCAUUCGCUGGGUUUGAUAAAAACAAAGGCCACCCUUCUUCCGAUCCCAACCGACCACAAGUUUCGAAGAUAGAUGUCAAAUCCGAGAAAAAGCACGUACAUAUCACUACCCAAAAUCCGCCACCCGCAGAUCAAGCCAUGGGGGAGAACUCCGAAGUCCAAGAAGAUACACUCAACAGUCUUCUCGGCGGCAUGCGGCAAGCUGUGUUCCCCACACCUAGGCCAUUGGAGGUAGAGCCAGAUCCCCUCAUCAAGCGUACAGGCGUGGUCAAGUUAUUUGGGCGUACUCGUCCCACCAUCUUAACACGUGAAUAUGCAGAGAACGCGCAAUACCCACAGCGGUGGGCUGAGUCCGCCGAAAGUCCGAAUGAGAUGGUUCAAGUCACUCCCGAUGUCGAUGGCCCUGGUGAAAAGGGAGUCGGGGGUCUACCGAUACAACAAGGCCUCGGUGUCAGUGGCUUGAAGCAGUAUGAUGAAUACGAGCAGCUUCCGCAGUCUCCGUGGUCUCAAUCCCCUGCUCCAUCGCCCGCUCCCCGUACACAUGCAGACCAAAACCCAUUUUUCACAAACCACACGGUCGAUGAAGGGGCUUUCUCUAAGAACCCGCCUCCCCACGACUACUCUAAUAAUCUCCCACUAGAGGCCAUUGGGAUCGACCAGUCGAAGACCGUCAUCCAUAUUCCUCUUAUACAUGGUGGCCACUCCAACCGGGACUCCUCAUCGACAUUAAGAUUUCCUGUUGCCGUUGUGUCGAUGUUGUGCACGAUCGUUCCAUAUCCUCCUAAUCUUAGACAAUCCCUCUCAUUUCUGAUGCCACAGUUGACAACUUCUUUCUGCUUGGCUCAGCGAUAUAGCCAGCUUGAAAGUCAACUCUCAUCCAAAGUGGAAACUCCUCGCUAUGGUCAUCUUUUAGGUCUCGGAGGCACUUUCUCGGAUGCAAGCAGUGAGCUAGAGCUCGUUGCAGGACUAAGCAGCCACGUCAGCUACUCCGCUGGUGACAAUAACAACUCAAUGUCCGCGCAUGCGAGCACCACUAGCCCUAGUGAUCGUUCGUCUGUAAAGUUUAGUCCUGUUGUUUCUGCUUUGGGGACCCCUGGAUUUGAUCUUGGCCAUAUUGGAUUUGGAUCUGCGACCCAAUCUCCAGGAAUGGCCCCACGAUCGGGCGAGGGUGCUGACAGCUACUUCAAUGUUCCGCAAAAUAAAAGUGGCCGAGACAAUGUAUCCCAACACAGACCACGGCUCUGUAAGUCGAAGGCCACCAACAAUGAUUCAUCGUCGCCAAUUUCUCCCGACAAAGUGGCCUGGAAAACAGCCAUGGGCGAGGAGAGCAACGCACAAGAUCAAUCUUGCUAUGUCACAUCACCACUGCAAGAAGUUAGGCCGUCCAGCACCUUUUCACCAACUCAGCAAUCAUCACGACAAGCCUCUACGAACUCGUUAUACGCCCAACUACAACGAGAACUCCCGCGCCCGUUCUCUGACACGAUAGCUCAGCUGAUGCUGAAUUCCAUACCGUUGCAUCUUUUCCUGGCAAAACCCCAAAGUGGCGAGGUGAUCUGGACCAACUCCAAAUUCGAUGCUUACAGAAGAAGUCAGCACCAGGAGCAAAAGUUUCGAGAUCCUUGGCAGAAUAUUCAUAGCAGCGAGAGUGAGCACGUUCAUAUAAAAUGGGCCAAUGCCUUGCGCACGGGUGCACAGUUCACUGAAAGAGUGCGGGUUCGAAGAUUCAACGAUGAAUCGGCAUAUCGCUGGUUCAUUUUCCGGGCCAAUCCGCUGUUGUCGUCAACGGGAGAGGUACUGUACUGGAUUGGGUCUUUUCUUGACAUUCAUGAGCAGCAUAUUGCUGAGCUUGAGGCAAUUCAAGAGAGGGAAAAGUUUGCUAUUGAUGCAAAGUAUCGUGCAUUCUCCAAUUCCAUCCCACAGAUUGUGUUUGAGGCAACGGAGAAGCGCGGAUUGAUAUUCGUCAAUGAGCAGUGGAACCUGUACACCGGCCAACCUCUGGAGGAAGCACACGAUCUCGGCUUUGCCAAACAUGUCCACCCGGACGAUCUCGAAAAGUGCGGUGAGCUGUCUCUCAAUAGAACAUCUUCGAAUGCAGACCAGGAUAAUCGCGGAACUUAUGAGUUCAUGGUUGGAUCAGCUCUUGACGAACUUGUCAAGCGCGGCAUUGCUUCAUUGCAGCAAGAUGAGAAUGGCAGAGUGUUCUAUUCCACCGAGAUCCGCCUUCGUUCUCGAGGUGGUGAUUUCCGGUGGCAUUUGGUACGCCUAGUACGUGUCCGGACCAGUAGUUUCGGCAGCGAGGAAGCCUCCUGGUACGGAACAUGUACCGACAUCAACGACCGCAAAAACCUUGAAAGAGAACUUAACAAAGCCAUGCAACAGUUGAAUCACCAAAUGGAGUCCAAGACGAAGUUUUUCAGCAACAUGUCACACGAGAUUCGUACCCCGCUUAAUGGCAUUCUUGGCACUAUUCCCUUCAUCCUGGAUACACAGCUUGAUAGUGACCAGAGGCGGAUGCUUGACACUAUCCAGAACAGCUCCACCAAUCUUCGCGAGUUGGUUGACAAUAUCCUUGAUGUUUCCCGUGUCGAAGCUGGCAAGAUGUCAAUGGUCAAGUCCUGGUUCCACAUCCGAUCAAUGAUUGAGGAUGUAAUCGAUACGAUCGCCUCUCGAGCAAUCGAUAAGGGUCUUGAGAUCAACUAUCUUAUAGCUGAAGACAUGCCAUCGAUGGUGAUUGGAGAUCGGUUCCGUAUUCGUCAAGUCCUAAUCAAUCUUCUCGGAAAUGCAGUCAAAUUCACUGCGCAAGGUGAAAUCCACAUUUCUUGUGGCAUGUCUCGGGAUCCAUCUGCGAAUCCCAAUGACACCCAAGCAUUCAUGAACUUUGAGGUCGUGGACACCGGAAAGGGGUUCAGCUCUCAGGACGCGGAACGACUUAUGCAGCGAUUCAGUCAGCUCGGAGAAAGUGGGUCACAGCAGCAUGCAGGUAGCGGCCUUGGGCUCUUCCUGUCGAAGCAACUCGUCGAAAUGCAUGGCGGCAAGCUCACGCCCAGCAGCAAAGAAGGCCAAGGAGCAAAAUUUUCCUUUAACGUCAAGGUCGAUGCUCCUUCGCCACCUUCCCCCUCCGAGCAGCCGAAAUUGAUGCGCCAGAAUUCAAGUGCUUCAAGGAGGCCGACUCAGUCCAGAACAACCUCUUAUCAACAAGCACCUCCUCUGGCUACCAAAAACUCGGACUCAUCCGGAAAAAGCACUGAUACCAGCCUUUCUGCCUCGUUCUCAAUCACAUCUUCUGCUCUCCCGACCCCAGAGAUUGGCACCGUGUCCCUGCCGCCUCCGUUGGAGCAGACAAGAGCUUUGACGAGUAUGCCAGAUGCAGUCUCGGAUACAAGAAAUGAAUCUGCUGAUUCAAAGCCAGACACACUGGCCCGCCCGUCGUCUAUGUCUCAAACAUCUGGCUCUCCGAAUACACCAAUAGGACCGGUAUCUGUGCCCGUCCAUGGUCCUUUCUCCAUCGUCAUCCUGUGUCCGCUCAAGAACUCCCGGCAGGCUAUAAAGCAGCACAUCGAGCAGGUCGUCCCUCAUGAAAUUCCGUUCAACGUCACAACGUUGCUUGAUGUUGAUGAAUGGAAAGACAUGACACACUCGCCUUCCAACGAUCCUUGCACACAUCUUGUCUUGAACCUUCCAACUGAUGAUAUCUUGGAAGUCAUCCAAAUCAUGUCAGACUCAGGCUUGGAUCCCGCUCCUGUCAUUGUCAUAAUCUCAGACCUUUACCAAAAGCGUCAGAUUAGCUCAAAGGUCAAAGAGCUAGCAGCUUCAGGAAAGCAGGUUUUCAUUGUACCAAAGCCUGUCAAACCUUCUGCUUUCUCAACCAUCUUUGAUCCCAACAGCAAGCGUGAGCUGAGCAAGGAUCGCAACCAAGACAUGGCCCGCGAGAUCAAUAACAAUUUCAAGACCGUAUCCAAGAUGGUCAAAGAAGUUCUGGGCAACAAGGGUUAUCGAGUCCUGCUCGUCGAGGAUGACGAAACCAACCGAGAUGUGAUGCUGAAGUACUUGGACAAGAUCAAGCUGAUGUCGGAGACUGCAUCCAAUGGAUUGGAGUGCACUAACAUGGUGCUUUCUAAAGAACCAGGAUACUAUUCUCUUAUCAUCUGCGAUAUCCAGAUGCCUAUCAAGAACGGUUACGAUACCUGCAGAGAUAUCCGUGCCUGGGAACAAAUGAACCACUACCCACAGAUCCCAAUCAUGGCUCUCUCAGCCAACGCAAUGACAGAUCAAAUCGAAAAUGCUGCCCGGGCAGGCUUCAAUGACUACGUCACCAAACCAAUCAAACACAAUGAACUGGGGAAGAUGAUGAUGGGCCUUCUCCAACCCGGUCGUCCACUCAUGCUUCUACGAGACCGUCUUAGCGCAGAGCAGCAACAAGCCAUCGCCGCUCGCCGCUAG